CUAUUUUAUUACAUAUUUUAUAUGAAAACCAAACUUCGUAGUGUAGUUACGUCAUAAUAACGGGUUGGUCAAUAUAAGCGGAGUCAUAAUAAACGGAUUCUACUGUACAUUACUUCAUAAUUAAUAUUCAUUGUUUAAAAAAAAUAAACGUGUUUGUUUGCAGGCGUAACCUCAAACAAAAUGGGCAAACGGAAAGCGAAAACCGUUGAAGCCGUUGAGCUGAUUCCGCCAGUAAUCACUGAAGAAAAUGGCGAUCCUGAGGCAGAGAUUGAUUUGUUGGAGAUUCCAAAAGCUGAUUUGCAAUUACUCUUACAUGGUAUCCAAAAAUUGUUACCAGAGACUGAAAGUAUCACUCCUAAGGCCAGAAUUAAAAAACUGGACUGGGAAAAGGUUGCAUUUGGUGACUACACAGCCGAAAGAUGCGCAAAGAUCUGGGACGCGAUCCAGAAACGACAAAGACAGUAUCGCUACAUGUCUGAACUCAUCGAAGACGCUUUGGUAUGGAUAGACACACCCUGGCGAAGCGCGAAAAAGAAAGCCACCAAACAACACCCCGAUUUUCCCAAGCGACCUAAACCUGCUUUUCUUCUAUUUCUUGAAGAUGCUAAAGCUGACAUUAUGCGCGAGACGAAAGGCGCGAAAAUGACAGAAAUCGCACGCAUUGGUGGUCAAAAGUACCAACAACAUUCCGAAGCGGCUAAACAAAGCUACUUGGACCGUGCUGCUGUAAGCAUGCGCGAAUACGAACGUAAAGUCGAAGAAUUCUACGAAAAACAUCCACAAUUGGAGUUGGACAUGGAGAAGAAGAAAAAGAAGACUGAAAAGGUGAAGAAGGAGAAAAGACAAUCUGUUUCAAAACGUGAUGAGACAAUGCAAGUUUUACCACAGCACUGGUCAACAAUGAGCAAAGACCAUAAAAAACUUUUCGUGUAUGCGCUGAACCGCCUUCGGGACCACUUCGAGACGAAGCUCAACGAGAGUGUACAAGUGGAAGAAAAUGUACCUG